CGGCUGGCGGGACGCAACGCAGAACGGGCCGGCAGCUCUCCGUUUCCUCAAACGGGAUUUAGUCCCAACUCGGGUUUUUCCGCCCUUUUCUUGUGGAUGGUUUUACCUGGAGGAAGAACGGUCGCUGCUCUCCCGGGGACGACGGCGGAGAAUGAGGGGGAAUCUUGUACCGCAUCUUCGGCGCGCCAGGGAAAUGCACUGAGGACCAAGCAAACGGAACACUCGCUUCCUGAGGACGUCCGCGAUUCGAGGAGAAACCAUGAGGUUGCGGCAGAGGAGCCCGGCAGUGGUCGCCGCGCUGGGCUUGAUGACCUGCGUCUGUGCCUUUUAUGCGACGACAGCCGUCGACAUCCCGCUGGAGGUUUUAGCUCAUAUAAACAUUGAGCAGCUGCCCACCAUCACGGCGCAGUCGCCCAGCCCCCUCAUCGCCUUCCCGUUCGACGAGAGCUUCCCCGUGACGUGUGAAGCCAAAGGGAACCCCAAGCCAGAAUUCACAUGGAUGAAGAAUGGCCAGGAAUUCGACCCCUCGCUGGACCCCCGCCUGAUGAAAGAGGAGAAUUCUGGGACCUUUGUGAUACCCAAUAAUGGGAACCUUACAGAGUACCAGGGAACCUAUCGCUGUUACGCCUCAAACAGAAUGGGGACCGCCAUAUCGAAGGAGAUUGAGUUCAUUGUGCCCAAUGUUCCGAAGUUUCCAAAAGAAACACUUGAACCCGUUGUGGUGGAGGAAGGCCAGGCUUUUGUUUUGCAGUGUGACCCACCGAAAGGAAUCCCUCCCCUCCAGAUCUACUGGAUGACUAUCAACCUGCAGCACAUCGAGCAGGACGAGCGGGUCUCCAUGGGCCUGAACGGAGACCUCUACUUCUCCCACGCCGUGGAGAAGGACAGCAGGAGGGACUACUGCUGCUUCGCCGCCUUCUCCAAGAUACGCACCAUCGUUCAGAAGAACGCCAUGUCCGUCGUCGUGAAGACGAAAAAAAGUGGCAUGAAUCCAGAAACUGCCAAUGCAAUCCUCGACAGAAGACCCUCUCUUCUGACGCCCCCUGGUGUCAGAUCAGAGACACAUCUGGUCAAAGGAGACGACUUGGAAUGGGAGUGUAUUGCUGAGGGAUUUCCAACUCCAAGCGUGGAGUGGGUGAAGUUGGGUCAUCAACUCCCGGAUAAAGUCAGACUGGAGAAUCACAGGAAGCGGCUGAUUGUGCCCAAAGUCGACCGGGAAGACGACGGGAAGUACAUGUGCAAGGCGAAGAACGCGCUGGGAGAAGCCACCCAUUACUUCACACUGACGGUGGAAGAGCCCCCGGAGUGGGUGUUCGAGCCCGAGGGCCAGCUCAGCAUGAUCGGCUCCGACGUGCUCAUCAAGUGCGCCGCCAGCGGGGCCCCUCAGCCCAGGAUAACGUGGAGGGUGAACGGCGAGCUUCUGACGGGGGCCCCCUCGGCCAACCGGAAGGUGUUUGAUGACACCAUAGUCCUGCACAACGCCAAAGCCGCCGACAGCGCCGUCUAUCAGUGCGAGGCCUCCAACAAGCACGGCACCCUCCUGGCCAACGCCAACGUCAUGAUCAUGAAUCUGCCCCCCAUGAUUCUGACCAAGGAGGGGGAGGACUACUCCGCCGUGGAGGGGAAGGGAGUGAUGAUGCACUGCUCCGUCUUCAGCUCGCCUCCUUCUACGGUCACCUGGAGCAAAGACGACUCCCCUGAAUCGGUGGAGGGGCCGAGGUUCGCCGUUCACGACAACGGCUCGCUGGAGAUCUACGGCGCCGAGAAAGACGACGCGGGACAGUACACGUGUUUAGCCAAAAACACGGAGGGGUCGUCCGCCGUCAAUGCCGGGCUCUACGUGAAAGAUCCCACCAGAGUGGUGGCGGCCCAGGAGGACGUGCAGAUCCUAAUAGGUGCCACGGCCCAGCUCUCGUGCUUCGCAGAGUACGACAAGUCCUUCAGCCACGACUUUGAGCUCCUGUGGGAGAAAGACGAUGUGGCGAUAGGCCUCAACCACACGGAGAAUUCAAGGUACUUUGUGGAGGAAGGUGUCCUCCAGAUCGUCAACGUGAGCCACGGGGACCAGGGCGUGUUCACGUGCGUGGCGAGAACCCCGGUGGACCGAGACUCGGCCUCGACGCUGCUCAUGGUGCUUGACGUCCCAGAUGCACCCGAGUACUUGGUGCUGUCUGAACACAAGAGCAAGAGUGUGAAACUGAAAUGGAUCCCUGGAGACGAUCACAACAGCUCCGUCUCAGAGUUCAUCAUCGAGUACGAGGAGAGCCAGUGGGAGCCGGGGACCUGGAAGGAGCUGCUCCGCGUGCCCGGCAACCACAACCAGGCCGUGGCCAAGCUGCACGGCCACGUGGACUACCGCUUCCGCGUGUCCGCCCUCAACGCCGUGGGGAGGGGUCGUCCCAGCGGGCCCACGGAGAGAUACAAACCCCCGCCGGCAGCCCCGGACAAGAACCCAGAAAAUAUCAAAAUUGAAGGUCAUUUGCCGCAUGAAAUGGAUAUCAACUGGGAGCCGCUGCUCCCCAUCGAGCACAAUGGUCCCGGUCUGGAGUACAAGGUGAGCUACAGGAGACAGGACGUGGAGGAGGACUGGAAGGAGCACAUGGUGAAGAGACACUCGUUUGUGGUGAAGAACACUCCCACCUUUGUGCCGUACGAGAUCAAGAUCCAAGCCAGGAACCACCAGGGCUGGGGCCCUGAGCCCCGGAUAGUGACCGGAUACUCGGGGGAGGACUCUUUCUUCUGGACUUGUCCACAGGAUGUAACCUCAGUUCCCUCUGCUGCACCAGACAACGUGGUCGUGGAGGUGCUGAACAGCUCAGUGGUCAAGGUUAGCUGGACGCGUGUACACAAGGACAAGCUGCACGGACAUCUGGGAGGCUACAGGGUGAACUGGUGGCGUCUGCGCAGCCUGGCGGACUCCAAGAAAGGCCACGGAGAGAAGCACUCGCUGGCGUUCCCCGGGGACCGCGCGCACGCCACCGUGCCGGCGCUGAGGCCCUUCUCCGAGUACAGCCUCAUGGUCAUGACCUUCAACGGGCGGGGCAACGGCCCCGGCAGCCACCCCCUCAACUUCAAAACCCCAGAGGGAGUCCCGGGGAAAAAUCCCGUUUUCCAGGUCACGGGUGUCCAGAAGCACAGCAUCUUUCUGCGCUGGGCCCCGCCAUCGGAGCCUAAUGGAAUUCUCACCGGGUACCUCCUCGAGUAUCAGCUCAUCAACGACACCGAGGAAGCGGGGCCCCCGCAGACGGUGGACGUCAGCAACCCCGACGCCACCACGUGGAUCCUGCGCGACCUGGAGCCCCUGAGCAGAUACAGGCUCCACCUGCGCUCCUGCACCGCGGUGGGCUGCGGGCCCGUCACCAGCGAGGAGGGCACCACCACCCUGGAGACAAGUCUGGCCAGCGUCCACGGAGGAAUAUCCACCCGCGGCUGGUUCAUCGGCCUGAUGUGCGCCGUCGCCCUGCUCACUCUCAUUGUGCUGAUCGCCUGCUUCGUCAACAGAAAUAAAGGAGGGAAGUAUUCCGUGAAAGAAAAAGAAGACCUCCACCCAGACGUGGAGUCCCAGGGCAUGAAUGACGACACCUUUUGUGAAUACAGUGACAACGACGAGAAGCCACUGAAGGGCAGCCAGCGCUCGCUGAGCAGGGAGAUCAAGGCCGGGGACAGCGGGGACAGCCUGGUGGACUACGGCGACGAGGACGUCCAGUUCAACGAGGACGGGUCCUUCAUCGGGGAGUACGCCGGGCGGAAGGAGAAGAGGGCGUCCGCCGAGAUCAAGGCCGGCGUUCAGGCGCCGGCGUGAGGAGCGCCGGCCGGCGUUCAUCCAUCAUCUGUCGUCUCCCGGGCAACGUUUCAUCAAACCCGCCGGGGGGGAGGGGUGGGGGCGGGGCCACCACCGGUGAAAAGUGGAAAACAGACAUGAUCCAUACGGAACACAGGGGCUUGGUGUCAAAUGUAAUGAGUCACUGCCGACCGCACACUGCCACCUUCAUUUUAUACAGCUGUUUUGUCGAGUUGCAACAGGAUGACCGUUACUAAAUACUGUGUGUGUAUAUAUAGUGUAUAUUGUAUGUGUGGAGUGUCUUUUUAUAAUUAGUACGCAAAAAAUGUAGAGGGCUUGGAUUUUCUUUUCUUUAAAAAUAUCUCCAUUACAUCAGCUGCUCGUACAAGUGUUAGAAACACGUCACUCUCCGCUGCACAUCGUUAUAUGCAGGAAUAUCAAGUCGAGUUUUUCAAUUGCAGCUGACUAUUACUGACCUUUUAUAUUUGAAAUUGAUUCAUUAAAUAUGAUGGAAGAUGUAUAUACAAGGAAGCGUAUUAACUUAUUCUAUCCAUUGGUUUUGUACCUGACUGAAUAAUAAGGGAAUUUGCAUAUCACAAACAGCGAGUCAUCAAUCUCCGUGUGACAUUAGGCGAAAAAUGAAAUGUAGCUUUUAUGUGUCUAGUUCGUUUAGCAUCAAGUGGACAGAUUAUAUGACGACAGGCCUCGGCCCGUGUUUGUGAUCAACAGCCCCAUACAGAGGUUGCCAUACCCGAUACGAAUGAUAUAUUAAAUUCAGAAAUUGUUGCGUAAUCCAAAACACUUUUAUAUCCGAAUUUGUAUUGAAAGAAUCAUUACGGUUGACUCCAGUUUGUAGGCAGACUAUUUCAUAUUGCAGCUGUUAACCGAUAGCUGGUAUAUUCAAAUGAAGUUGCUCUGGAAACAUUUUUUUGUCCAAGAAGUGGCCUCUUACUGUAGUAGUUUUGGGAAAUUUGCACAUACGAUUUUUUACGUUAAAGUUGCGGCUUGCAGCUGGUUAGCUAAUGAAAAAGCAUGAUAAUAUUAAACUAUUCCCUGAAAGCAGUUCUGUACACUAUUUUAAAAAGGGUCAAAGUGGAAGCGUCCACUAGUUUAGGUCAGGCUCAACAAAAUACUAGAUCCUUCACCUUUCAUGGGAUUAAUACACUGAUUUCCAUCUGUGAAUUGGAGGAGUACUUCUUCAUGAAGAAAGCUCAGAACAUCUUUAACUACAUAGAUUCCUGUAAUGUGGUCCUUUGCUGAGUGGAACUAGACUGUAGUCACCUUUACAUCAAUCCUAACAAGCCUCACUUUGUUACUUCCAGUAUUCUGCCAUUGGAAAAACACGCUCAGCAGUAACAUCCGCACCACCAACCCGUUGCAAUGUUUUGUAAAAAUUCAGCCAUUGCAUGUAAAGAAUGUCAAUUGGUGUUUUGUUUUUUCGAUGUCAUUAAAAUUGCUUUACGGUUUUUUACAACCCUGGUAA